GGCGCAAACACAAGCCGCGUGAUGCGGAAGCACAGCUUAGUAUGCGAUGUGUCAAAUUUUUUUGUGCUUAAAAUAUGAUGUUGUUUUAAAUAUAACGUGCCUUUAACUGUUUAGUGCCAACACAAUAAAACAUGGCAUUUCUUUUAAAAAUAAAAAUGAACAGACGCGCGUGAUAGAGCCCACCCUUCCUCCACAGCAGCCAUGAACGUCCGACAGCAGCAUAUGAUGAAGGUGGUAUGUGGCAGCGGCUAUUUAUGCUAGCGUGCUCUGUCGAAGCUCUUGGAAGGUGUCUCUGAAAUCAGGGUAACAGCGAAUUUGGUACCUUGUGACAACUGACAAACCCAAACUACCCCCCCACUCCUGUCAACCAGCAAAGGUCGGCUUUUGUUUACCUGCUUCUCAGGUAGUUUGUAAGGAGGAAGGGGGCGGGGCCAGGACAGGACACGGGAUAGGAGAGAUGCCUGUGGAGGGCGGAAGCGGCAGCGGCUCAGCUUCGGCCGCGCGUCACCCCAAGCAGAAGCGCAAGGCACACAGCCUGUCCAUCCGGCGCACCAACAGCACAGAGGAGAGGCCACCAGGCAUCCUGAGAGGAGACAUGCUCGAGGGACAGGACUCCAAGCUGCCCCUCCCCCUGCGGAACAACCUCCUGGACCUGUUUGGCCAGAUCGAACGCGAAUUUGAGAAUCUCUACAUAGAAAACCUUGAAUUGCGCCGGGAAAUCGACUCCCUCAACGAGCGUCUGACUGGAGAUGGACAGGCGAUCGAGGGGGGAGACCCCAACAAGGGGGCCCAAAAAGCCAAAGCCAGCCACAGCACCAGUCAGCUGUCACAGAAGCUGAAGACGACCUACAAAGCCUCCACCAGCAAGCGCUUGUACACUUUCCAGGACAAAAUAGGUGGAGCUCGCAGCUUCAGCGUGCCGACAUGGGAGUUGUGGGGCGGAGAUUCCUGGAUCGUCUCCAGUUUUAAAGCCACCACAGGCUCCCGCGCUCUGUGCCAGCUGCUCAAGGAGUACAUCGGCCAUCGGGACGGCAUCUGGGACCUCAGUAUGACCCGGACGCAGCCACUGGUGCUUGGCACUGCCUCUGCUGAUCACUCAGCUCUGCUGUGGAGUAUAGAGACGGGGAAAUGCCUGCUGCGGUAUGCCGGCCACGCAGGAUCAGUCAACUCCAUCAAAUUUCACCCCACUGAGCAGAUGGCGCUCACAGCCUCUGGAGACCAGACGGCUCACAUCUGGCGCUACAUGGUGCAGCUCCCGGCGCCGCAGCCGCCACCAGAUGUCAGCGCGCCGUGUGACGAUGACCAGGACUCCUCUGACAGAGAAGAAGGGGAGGUGGAUGGGGACGGCCCCUCCGAGGUCCCCACGGUCCGAGUUGCCACAGCAACCCUGCGAAGCCACCAGGGUGUGGUGAUCGCAGCCGACUGGCUGGUGGGGGGCCGGCAGGUUGUGACGGCUUCGUGGGACCGCGCUGCCAACCUGUACGAGGUGGAGACGUCAGAACUGGUUCACACGCUGACCGGCCACGACCAGGAACUGACCCACUGCUGUACCCACCCCACCCAGCGCUUGGUGGUCACUUCAUCCAGGGACACCACCUUCAGGCUGUGGGACUUCAGGGACCCGUCCAUCCACUCUGUCAACGUCUUCCAGGGACACACAGACACGGUGACGUCUGCCGUCUUCACGGUGGGGGACAACGUCGUCUCGGGAAGCGACGACCGCACGGUGAAGGUGUGGGACCUGAAGAACAUGAGGUCGCCGAUAACGACCAUCCGCACCGACUCGGCCGUCAACAGGAUAAGCGUCUCGGCCAACCAGAGGAUCAUCGCUCUGCCGCACGACAAUCGACAAGUGCGCCUGUUCGACAUGAGCGGCGUGAGGCUGGCCAGGCUGCCGCGCAGCAACCGCAUGGGUCACAGGCGGAUGGUGUGCUGCACGGCGUGGAACGAGGAGAACCAGGCCUGCAACCUGUUCACCUGCGGCUUCGACCGGCAGGCCAUUGGCUGGAACAUCAACAUCCCCGCCCUGCUGCAGGAGAAGUGAGCGCACGGAUCAGAACCCGACCCUGCGGCCUCGGACACACCGGGCGGACAUAUGGGACGACACUUAGCUGGGGGGGGGCGUGGGGCGCAUCAGGACCGGAGCCGGUGUGUGCGAGGCCGUAGAUCCAACCUUCUCCUGCGGACCCUUUGUGUUUAGCAUGGACUGUGAUUUGUGCCAUUGUUGUGUGGAAGUACGUGUUUGACUCCAUGUGUGCAGGUUGCUGCUCGCGUCCCUGUCCUUUAGUCACUGCCAAACGGCUCCUCCUGCAUGCAGAGAACCUCGGUCUGCUAAAGAAGCAGCCGCAGAAGCAACUUCUAAGUGCAGCCCAGGGUGUAGAUUAUGUAUAUAUGAUGGAUUCAGUGUCUUAACCACUCUGGGAGCUGGAGGUGGGUAAAUGUGGCAUAGCUCUGAGAUGUUUUUCCUCCUUUUGCUCGUAGCUGGAGCGUUUCCUGUCACAGGACCAAGCUUUUUUUUUUUUUUUUUUUUUUGUCUUAAAACGGCUUCAGCUCAACAGGUGGAGAUCUGCGGGCCUGCCUCGCCCCUUCCAUGCUCUCACUUCACAGUUAGCCUUUCGUCUUUCCGGAUCUCUCUUUUUGUCAAGCGUUCUGUUAUUUGCCUUCUUAAGUGUUUACACAGGAUCUUUUCAGUGUAUAGAUGUGGAUUUAUUGCCAGGAAGAAGAGGCUUUUAAAGAGGAAUGACGGCACCCAACGGCCCACAUAUCCUCCCGUUGUCGGUAACUGGGUUGUGUUCAGUGUCAUCAGGAAACCCAGCCUGUUGCUGCUGUAUGCGUCCACCACUGUGCUUUGUGCGGACGGCGCAGGUGGAGCAGUUCGCACGCCGCCGUCAGGCAGGAGCUCUGACGUGUUUCAUGGUGGCACCAGACUGCACUAGGAUUCAAAAACAUUGAUUCGGAGCACAAGUUUCAGUUUAUUGAGCAUUUUCCGUCAGCCACAGGGUCAAAAGUAUACAUGCAGGCUUUUUAGGUCUAGCUGGGUGUUUGGCCGCUCAUAUUGGCAGAGAUGAUUUAAUCUGGUUUGUUUUCUAGUGUUGAAGCAGGUGAGGGCCACGCCAGCGGUUUAAUGCUGGCCUGCUUUAGCUGGUUCUGCUAAGCACUAGGCGAUGCUGAUUGAGAAGUUACGAAAGAAGCCUGAAUAGUUUGAGAUGAGUCAAACGGGAAUAAUUUGGACAAAAACUGGAAAGAUCUGAAAAAAAAAAAAAAAAACAGCACCCAGCUGCCAUGUAUGGUGGCGUCGUCAUGCUGAUGGGAUGGUUUGCACUAAGUGGGUAAAAUCAUGAAUUGUCAAACCGAACAGUGGCCUGGUCCGAACGUGGUCACAGUUCGGGUCAUGGUCCCAAACCCAUGAGGACUGCCUUGUAGAACGGAUAGAACAGGCUGACCGUGGUCCCCACCUCAGAAUGACUAAAUACUCAUUACCUGUGCUUAGAGGCUGGUCCUGGGACAGGCCAGUUAUUGUGAGGCCCAUCAUCUCUGCCCAGAGCGCUCCCCCAUCCACCCAACCAGAACUAAGCCAGAACGUUGUUGAUGGCUGGUAGUUGAGGCGGCGCUUUCUUUGUUACAUUAAACCAAAUGUUUUGCACCUAAACUAAGUACACUCUAAGUAAAUUAAGGUGUGUGUGUGCACCCGGGUUAUUGUUUUGGGACUCGAUGGCAGUUUGAUAUUGUUUCAUCAGUUUGUGCUGAAAACAGUGAUUGAAAACGAACGAAUCCCUGCCAACAAUGACUGCAUGGAAACCUCCCACCGCUACUGGACUAGACCCUCUUUUGCCUCCUCACAACUCUGUUGCUGUAAAUCAUGAGCCCAAAGUGAACUUGUGCGUUUACUGCUGGUGUGUGUGUGUGUGUGUGUGUGUGUGUGUGUGUGUGUGCGUGCUUCAGGGACAGCCUGUGGACACCGUGUCCCCCUCUGCUGUGAACCCUAGCUCGGUACAGUGUUGCACCUUUUUGUUUCUUUGGCAAAAACAGAAGCAAUACUCGGCUACUCAAUGUUACUCAUUCUAAGAGUUUUUUUGUAUUUUAUUUUAUUUUAUUUUAUUUUUAAUUAAUGUCUUUAAAAGACAGAAUCCGGGUCGCCGUCAGGUACCGUGCUCAUCCGGAUUCUUGACAAUGCUGUUUUGUUACAUGUGCAAUGUCCUGACCUGAAGUCCUGCUGUUGUUUUUUUAACCUCCUUCCGAUGUGUAACUUAUUGCCGUGCUGUAAACCCAUAAAUCGGCCCGUACAUGUGAGCGCCGUAGACGUACUGUGUUAGAUAGGCGUGUUUCAGAACGCCGCCGCUUCCUCCAGCAACAGAACCAGGAUCCACUUCAAAGUAGCACCAACCUGAAGACGUGGGGAAUUAUUUCGCCUGCCUUACUGCUGCGGCGAGGACGGCGUAUGACUUUGUUCCAUCUGUGGAUCGGCGCGCUCCUCCUCACGUUAAAUAAGUAAUUGUGCUCCUCAGCUCGGUGCAGAUUGCUUUGCUUUGUCUGGUUCAUUCGGGGGAAGUCAUGCCCGGUGGUAUCAGCGUCCCAUUACUCUGCAGGUGGAACGACGAGUCCAGAGCACACGCCGCUUCUGAAUAUCCACCUGGAGGAAAUCAGAUUUUCUGGAUUGAUGCAUUAAAUUAUAGACCGCAGGAGUAAAAUAUACAUUUCUAAAGUGGAUCAGCCUCGACUCGCUGUGGGGAAUUUCUAUUCACCCCUACCUUCAUUAUGUGAUCCACUUUGCAUACUUCAUUGUGACGACUUUGUGCUCUCUGACUCUUUCCAAUAAAAAGAUGUGAUUUCCUUUUCCAUCC